AUGCACUCUGUCUCUCGUCGAAUACACAGCUCGUCAACAUGGUUAAAAAAGCUAAAAAUUCCAGACACUGAUGUCCCCAAGAAACCACAUAUUCCGAGUCCCAAGGAGAAAGAGCUGAUGUUUAAACGGCGAGUUGAAAAGGCCGAGCGAGAUGAACGUGUGGACAUUAGUAUGUCGCUCACAGAGGUCAAAACAUAUCAAGGUGGAUUCACUCAACCUCGCAACCUUCGCGCAUCCAAUUGGUUCCCGGGAGGGACAUAUAUUGCCAAAAAUAAAGUCUACGAAAAGCCACUCGACUCGGCGUACACACCCCACACAGUCUACAUCCUCGAGUCCCGUUAUCCAAUCAAGACCGAAGAAGCAGGCCGCCCCGAUGUCCCAGAACACAUAGUCGACGUUAUUCACCAACCUCUCUGGCUUCGGCACUUGAAAUACAAAAAUUCCACCAAAGUCGGCGGGCAUACGAGAUUGAGUAUGGAUGCUGCAUGGUGGCCUUUCCUAUCCCGCCGGAUACGAAAAACAGAACCAGAGGUGUGGUGGGAGAAGGGCGAGGAUCCUGAGCAACUCAGGCUUGAAGCUCUGGGUUUGACCGAGUCCGAUGGUCCACCUGAACCUCUUCGUGAGUUCUACAAGGAUAUCACACAAUACCGUGCCAAUGGGUCAAAAAUUGUCGAGGUCACGCCUACGAAGACUAUUUCCCCACAACGAAAAGGAAUGUCCAUCGGCGAGAUCAGAGCAGAGUACGAGCCUUUAUUAGAAAAGGAGCCGUUUUGGAGACCGCUGGUCGCUGUAACACUCGCAACUCGACCGCUCGCAAACACUCUCGUCCGACUGUGUAGAAGCCUACCAAGGGGAUUGGCAUUCUACGCCAGUAUCGAUACACACGAUCGUAAAACUGUUCUCUCCUUCCCCGACCGAAUGCGUCUCUUACGACUCCGACGAAUGCGCGAACUCACGAUUGAGAUUGCCCGACGACUUGAGGGGUAUUAUGGAGGGUUUAUUGGGAUACGAUUUAAUCAAAAUGACAAAGGCCGAGCGAUUCGCGGGGAACGACUUGAACAGCCUUUGCCUGAUUCGCUUAGGGUGGUAAAAGUUGGGUUGGGAGAAUGGUAUGGAUUGGAAAAGGAGAUGGAGUUAUGGAAGUUGGAGGCUGCCGAUGCAGGAGUGGAAAUCGAUAUAAAGCCUAUGGACGAGUGGGGGAGGAGAUUGGACGAGAAUGGUGCGGUUUUGCCAGGCCAGGAGAUUGAGAAGGAUGCAGAGUAUCAGGAUCAUGAGAAGCAGACAUUUGACAGUCAGGACAAAGACGAUGCACUUAAAGAUGAGGAGGACGGAGAUAAAGUUACUGACGAUAGGAAACAACGGACCAUGAGGGUGGGCUCUGCUGUGAAAAGUGAGAAGGACGCUACCAUAGGCAUGGAAAAGAAGAUUGCAUCUGCAGUGCACAUACGGACCGUCUCCCGGGCCGAGCACAUCAACUGUCUCUUCGCUGCAUUGGAACACUGUCGCAUGACCAAGGGCCAAGUCUACGGGCUUAAGCCUUACACAGGAGCACCCCCAAACCUCCCGUCUAGAAAGCCAUUCGGUUUUGCGUCCAAAUCUACAGGAGGAUCACUCAACGCAUCGGCAGUAUAUCUUGCCACAAACGCGGCUGAAUUGAGAGAGGCGCUCGCUUUACCAUACACUAAGACAGUCUACGUCAAGGGUGUGAUCAACGGCAACGAAUUCGAUGAUGGUACCCGGGCUUCAUGCCAGGAUUAUAUCGACGCUACGGGGUCCGCGGGUGCUGCGAUUCGUACAUAUAACUUUACCGAGUACAUCUACAGUCUAAAUUCUACCUACCUCGCCGAAGUCUCGGCAGCAGCAGCAGCCAACAAGCCCUUCAACGGUCGAAACGCAACGGAGUAUCGCUCUUACCUUGGAAAGCUUAAUGGUUGGAGACCAGUUGUCUCCAACACACAAAAGGCUACCGUCGGUUUCCGAGUUCCAAGCAAUACGUCCAUCAUCGGGCUCGACUCGAGUGCCGCGCUGAAUGGAAUUAAUCUCUACUUGAACUCGGUGGACAACAUCUGGAUUCGAAACCUCAAGCUGGUGUCUCCUGCAGAUUGUUUCCCUGCACCUGAGACGUACCCGAGUUCAUGGAAUGCCAAGUUCGACGCGGUUGGGUUGGUUACUGCCACGAAUGUUUGGGUCGAUGGAUGUGAACUGCAAGAUCAGCUAAAUGGGGAAUAUGUAGACCCCGAUAUUAUUCCGCCUGGUUGGGAGGUUGAUCGUUUUGAUGGUCUCUUUGAUUGCGAAGAUGGUUCUGAUAACGUAACUUUCUCACAUAACAUUGUCAAAAACCACCACAAAUCCCUCUUACUAGGAGGCGGAGCUAAAGAAGCCGACCGCGACCUGGGCAAGAUGCGAUUUACCAUCUUUGGAAAUCACUUCCAGAACUCGGCCUCGCGCAACCCUUUGAUGCGAUUCGGUUCAUACGACAUUGCCGCCAACCUAUUUGAAUCGACGAAUAACAAAAAUCCGGUUUACAAACGUGCAACUGCCCCUGCCGAUGCAGUAUUCCAAUACCACAUGGGAGUUUACAACCAGUCGCGGGUGCAGCUCCAAGACAAUGUGUUUAUUCAGACCGGCUCGGUUCCGGACGAUAUCUCUAGAAUUUUCACCGUUACUGAAAAUUUGUUGAAGGAUAGACCUGCCAAGCUAUGUGUCCGCCCUGGUUCAUUCACAUCCACGAUGAAUACCAAGGCGGUGGACCUAGUGGGGGCUGCCAAGGGCGCGCUAGAUUAUGCCGUGAGCAAGGGAAGGGCCGUGGCAGCCGGUCUGGUAUUUACGUGUGAUGGGUUUACGGCGGUUGGGACGCCUGUGUCUACCGCGUUCAAGACCUAUAGUGAGGUACAGGCAUAUGUCCGGGCCCAAUCUGGACAAAAGAAAUAA